AUGGAGGGAAAAUCAUUGUAUAUGGCAGUUGGUGUGGUAAACAAAACCGCAGUAAGUCAAGAAACAAAUCAAGCAUUACAUAAACCUAUAGCUCAAGCAAUAACUACUAAUAAUGCUGAAAAAGAUCGCUUACCCAAACUGAAUGAGUUGAUUAGAUCUGAAUUACAUACCUAUCAUUUACAAAGAGUCGUCGGUGAAGGUGGCUAUGGUACAGUAUUUGAAAGUGAAUCUGAGAAAGGGCAUCGAGUAGCCAUAAAAGCGGAAAAGUAUAGUGAGUCAAUGCUUCAUAUUGAAGCAAGCGUUAUGCGUGCAGCUGCUCGUCGACGUAGUGAACAUAUUUGCGAGUUGAUUGAUUACGUAGGACCAUUUUUCUCGAGCAAUUUUAUAUCACGUGACAUCAAACCUGGAAAUUUUAUGGUUGGGUUACGUGAAAAUCAGCAGCAUAAGAAUAUAUAUUUAAUUGAUUUCGGACUUGCAAAGAAAUAUAUUGACAAGAGUGGUAGAUUGAUUCCAUCACGCGGUGAAGUUGGAUGGCGUGGAACGACGCGUUAUGGUUCUUUGAAAGCACAUCUAAGAUUAGAUUUAUCAAGAAGAGAUGACUUAGAAUCCUGGUUUUAUCUUCUCGUUGAAAUAACACGUGGAUCACUACCAUGGCGUUAUCUUAAUGAUCGUAUGGGUGUGCAUGCAGCCAAAUUGAUGGCACGUAACGAUGGUCGGACGCAAUUUUUUCAUGAAUGUCCUAAACAAUAUGAAGCAAUUAUGACAUUAAUUGAUUCAAUGGCAUAUGAAGAUAGGCCACAUUACAGUGAAUUUGUUGAUUUAUUAAUGGAUAUCAAAAAAGAAUGGAAAUUAAGUCUCAGAUCAAAUUUUGAUUGGGAUGAUGAUAUAGCAUCAACACGAUCUAUCACUCAAAGUAUGUCAUCAGAUGUAGAAUAUAUGAAUGCUGCACACGAAUAUGCGAAGAAAGCAACAGAUGUGGAUUCAAAAGAACGCGAAAUAUUUGGUGCAAAAGAUUCACAACCUGCAGCAUUGUAA